CAGUUCAGGACCACGACUCCCUGAAUGUUGGCAGCACUAGUAUGGAGAACACGAAAAUCUGAUAAUUUUUUCUCUGAUAGAAUAUAUGUAACAUAUUUACAUUCGUUCAGUUCGUUUCACGAUGGAUUAUAAGAAGUUCAUUAUAUUCCUGGGACUUAUUUCAAGUUUCAGUUAUGUGUGUUGUCAAUAUAGGAUGAAAAAUGUACAAGGCUCCUCAUUGUCAGAGCGCGUGCAACAAUUAACAGAACUAGCUCUGACAAGACCGGUAAUGAAAUUCAAUGGUGCUAGAUUUAAAGAAUUUGUGAAAAGUACCCCAAGGAACUAUUCCGUUGUUGUAAUGUUCACUGCUAUGGCGCCUCAAAGGCAAUGCCAAAUAUGCAGGCACGCAAACGAUGAAUUUAUAAUAGUAGCGAACUCAUUCAGAUACUUGCAAUCUCAUUCCAAGAAAUUGUUCUUCGCAUCUGUCGAUUUCGACGAAGGAUCAGACGUCUUCCAAAUGAUGAGAAUAAAUACUGCUCCGGUUUAUAUGCAUUUCCCACCAAAAGGCAAACCGAAGCCUGCGGAUACUAUGGAUAUUGAAAGAAUAGGUUUUGGUGCCGAGGCGAUUGCAAAAUGGAUAUCUGAGCGAACUGAAAUUCAGAUAAGAGUGCUUAGACCACCAAAUUAUUCUGGUACAGUAGCAAUAAUAAUGUUGCUUGUACUCAUUGGAGGAUUCCUGUACAUAAGGCGCAACAACUUAGAUUUCAUUUAUAAUAAAACAGUUUGGGGGCUUGGAGCAUUGUUCUUUACAUUGACUAUGACAUCUGGACAAAUGUGGAACCACAUUAGAGGACCACCGUUCAUGCAUCGAUCGUCUGGUGGGAAGGCAGCUUAUAUGUACAUACAUGCAUCUUCCCAGGGGCAGUUUGUUUUAGAAACUUAUAUCGUCAUGGUUUUUAAUGGAGCAGUAGCGUUAGGUAUGAUAUUAAUGAUUGAGGCCGCAUCACGUAAAGGGGAUGUAAAGAAACGUCGAAUAUUCGCUGCAAUCGGGGCGGGUUUGGUCGCUAUCUUCUUUAGCUUGCUGCUUUCAAUAUUUAGAAACAAAGCACAGGGCUAUCCGUACAGCUUACUAUUUAAGUAAGUGGACGGAUAGGAAGAGUCUUCCUUGUACAUUUUACAAAGCUUCCAUUCGUCGCCAUUGAAAACUGAGCUAAGUAUAAAAACGAAUUUAAACACUCCUACUUAUUGUUAAACCCUUGUUAAAAACCCAUCUCAAAUACAAUUUGGUUUUAUAAAUGAA